AUGGCUUCUCAUGGUGGUAACCUUUUGCCCUUUGGCAUUGAUCUUCAUGUUCAACCUAUUUAUGCUGGACUAGCAAUUGCCGUUCUUGGAGGCAUUGCUCUGUCCCGCCUUUCGUCUCGAUCCAAGGCGGACGACGAUGAGGCCCCUGGCCUCCUACAAUCCUUUUUUCUUUUCUUUUACUCCUCUUUUAUUAAGCCUCACCAGGGCGACUCCAAAACUAGCCAGCAGGAUGCCCUGGAGAGUUUCUACAAGAAGCAGGCAGGUGCCUAUGAUUCCACUCGCAAGGUCCUCCUCCGAGGGCGCGAGGACAUGCUGGGUCUAGUUGUUGCCCAGCUCAAGUCAAAGGCAGAGCAGGCUACCGCUGCUGGUAAGAACCAGAAGAAGCGAAUUUGGGUUGAUAUUGGUGGUGGCACUGGCUGGAACAUCGAGGCCAUGGGCCGUUUUGUCAACGUUCCCGAGUUCUUCUCUAGUGUCUACCUUGUUGACUAUUCUCCAUCCCUGUGCGAGGUCGCUCGAAAGAGAUUUGACAGACUCGGGUGGAAGAAUGUCACCGUUGUUUGUGAAGACGCUCGCAAGUUCCGCCUUGAGAACUACGAGACUGGUAUGAGUCCGGCUCAGAACCCUCUGCGUUCUCCUGUGCUUAGUUACUUUAAGCAGCAACGCCCUGAGCAUGGCGGCGCUGAUCUGGUCACUAUGUCGUACAGCUUGUCUAUGAUUCCCGACUACUAUUCUGUUAUCGAUUCGGUCAUCUCUUUGCUCUCCCCCCAUGGCAUCUUUGGCGUCGUUGACUUUUACGUCCAGAAUGGAGUAGACUUUUCUUUCCGCAACUAUACAGGUGGUGCCGUUGGUCGCCAUGUCAAUGCGCUGUCUAGAAUGUUCUGGCGUGCCUGGUUUGACUUGGAUCGUGUUGGCCUAGAGCCCAGUCGCCGCGACUACCUCGAGUAUAAGUUUGGAACAGUCCUCAACAUCAACGAGCGCAACAAAGCUUUGGGUUAUAUUCCAUACUAUGUAUGGGUCGGUUGCCACAAGAAGCCUUUCUCGCCUUCCAGUCUUCCCCAUGAGAUUAUUGAGCGCAUUGACGCGCUGGCCACGGAGUCCCCGUAUCUGUACCCGGUCAACCAGGGCGAUGCUCUGACUCGGGCAAUUGAGAGAUCUGCUCCAGAGAUCCGCUCCAAGGCCUUUAUUACGGCUGUGCAAAACUUGUCUGCCAACUUGCCUCUCCCAUCAUUCUUUUACCAGAACCACCACUGGCGCAUUUACUAUGACGAUCAGCUGCAGAAGCACACUCAAUUCAAUGACGAGUACAUCUAUGCUUUUACCUGGGAGGAUGCUCGGGUUGACGAACGCAUUCUAAAGCUCGGCCCCGAUGACAAAGUGUUGGCAAUUAGCUCUGCUGGUGACAACAUUCUUUCUUACCUUGCCCAGAGCCCGGCUCGUGUUCAUGCAGUUGACCUCAACCCGACCCAAAACCAUUUGUUGGAACUGAAGGCUGCUUCUUAUACUGCUCUGUCAUAUGACGAUUUCUGGAAGAUAUUCGGCGAGGGCAAGCACGCAAACUUCCGCGAGAUUCUCAUCACCAAAUUGUCACCUCACUUGUCAGCGAGAGCUUUCCAAUUCUGGCUCAACAACACCCAUGUCUUCCAGAACAAGAGCGCGGUUAUGGGUUGCACUGUGAAGAAGUUUCUCGAAGCCAAGACUCUGAACGAACAGCGAGAAAUCUGGCGGCAGAAGAUCCGACCGGCCCUGCUAUCCAAACUUGUCUGCAACCUCGUUGUUGCUCAAGAAAGCUUUCUUUGGACGGCGCUCGGCGUACCCAAGAAUCAACUCGCCAUGAUUGAGAAGGACCAUGCCGAAUCUGACCUCGUGAAGGGCGACAAACCAGUCGCGAAGAACACUCGAUCUCACGCUAUUUGGCACUACAUGGUAAAUACCUUGGACCCUGUUGCGGAGGAAACACAUCUUGCCAAGGACAACCCAUACUACUAUGUCUGCCUGGCGGGCCAAUUCUCUCGCAACUGCCACCCACACUACCUCUCUCCUGAAGUUCAUGCCAAGCUCUCCAAGCCGGGUGCUUUGGACAGUCUCCGCAUUCAUACAGAUGAACUUGAAGAGGUCAUUGCCCGCAUCAGCCCCGGAACCCUAACCGUCGCUGUUGUCAUGGACAGCAUGGAUUGGUUCGAUCCUGGCUCUCCAGCGGCCGCGGCUCAGAUUACCAAGCUGAACCGUGCCCUCAAGAUGGGUGGCCGUGUUAUGCUGCGUACCUCUGCCCUGACCCCAUGGUACGUCAAGGUGUUUGAGGCCCAUGGCUUCACUGCCAAGCGCCAUGGCGGCAGAAUCGACGGCGCAUGCAUUGACCGUGUCAAUAUGUAUGCCAGUUGUUGGAUCUGCACCAAGGUUGAGAACCUGCGCCCCCCAACACCUGAGAUGGACCGUAUAGGUGGUCAGGAGAUGCCCACCUUGACCAUUUAA